AUGUCUUCAAGGGAUAACACUCCUCAAGACGAGAGCUCUACGAGGGGCGAGAGAAGAAGUUCUUCGAGACGUCGUCAGAAUGUCGUCGAAUUCGUCGACAGUCAAGACCCAAACGUGCGGAGCACCAUUCAAAGACACACGGCAUAUCAUUCAGCAGCACAACGACGAGAGACAAGGUCGAGAUUACUUCAACGGGCCAGCCAGACUCGAAUCUUUGAAUGGGGAAGGCGCCCACCUCGGCUGGACACGGAGACGUCAACGAGCAGCGCAACGAGCUCUCAUUCAAUAUCUCCCGUUCCAUCGCUACCUGACCGGCUGGACCUGUCAAGCGUUUCCUCCAACAACCUAGAAUCAGAUCUCAACCAGUCAAUGGCAACCUCAAGAAACGAUUUCUUUUCAACCCAGGAGCAGGCUACUCUGGACGACUCAAUUUUACAAUUCUGUGCGUUGCUCUCGCUGCGGCGUCUGAUCAAGAGAAAAAACAAGAAGAACCCAAAGCUGACAGUAAUUCUAGUUUCUGCAAACUUCUGCCCCCAUUGUCGCGACCGAGGAGUGCUAGACACUGCCAUCGCAUACAUGCGCGAGCACGAAGUGUCUCGAAAUCUACUUCUGGCCUAUGCUUAUGCUGCGCGGUGGAAAUUACACUCGAGUCCGGAAACGGUCCAAGAUCAAGUCGAUGCGCAGACACACUUCGGUCGAGGAACAAAUCUACUCUGGAAUCGACUCCGCGCAGCAGAUCACGCAAGUUCCGACUCCAACAUCCAAGCUGUCCUUCUUUUGUUGGCAUACACUGCCGACUUUGGCCAGGAGAAUGAAGUGCAUCUUCACGCAAGGGCCUUGCAGACAAUGAUCGAGCAAAGAGGAGGCGUUGAGGCCAUGGGCCACAAUCCGACACUACAGCACCAACUACGAAUAAUCCGGCAGUCAAGACGUCUCCAUCUCACUCUUGACUGCGAACCGUCUUGCCCGAGCGCAUUGAGAUUUCCUGAUGGCCUUCAAUCGGCCCUUUACACGGAUUUACCUAUGAAUUGA